AUGGUCCUCCCGGUUCGAAUAUGGCUACGGUUUCAAUAUUGGACUACACUGUAUCGGAGAAAGGAUGGAUUUAGCAUGCCAAACCUCACCACCGCACUUUAUUUCAAGGCAAAGACCGCAAUUUUGAUGGCAAGGACCUCCGGUAACCUGCUGGCUGGAAUAAUUGCGAGCCGGUUUCAGAAAGCGCAUCCGGACAUAACUUCACAUCGAAGGAAAACGAAAGGCAAGGGACGACUGAAAUUAGAAAGCCAAGAAGAACAUGGAGACGUGUCCAGUCUUAAAAUGGAAAGAGGAACCUUGAGCCGAAAGCCCAAUUCGCUUUCUGUAGUGCAUACGCCGCGGAGUAAAAAUGCACAGAAGAAAGCUCGCCAAAGGAAGCGACGACAGACCCAGAAGCGAGAAGAGAUAGCAGCAACUUAUUCUAAGCAGCACGAAAAGCUUGAAACUCCGCUCAUGGCAAGUGAACCAGCCAUUGAUAUCUCUCCUCCCACUUCGCUCUCGUCCGCUGAAAGUGUUCUCAACUCAACUGUUGUGGGGACUCCGUUCACUAUAUCGACAUCAGGCACCUUUGACCCCCCAACUACAUGUCCCCCCAGCACACUUUGGGUCUCUCUCUCCAACAAUAGUUCAAUGGACCUCCAGGCUCGGCGUAGCUUCUGUGAAGGAUUUGUAGAUCUUGAAUCAUUAAGCGACGAAAAACAAAUCGUUCAGACGGCAGGCAUCCACGGCAAGGAGCGCAUGACAGACUACGUCAGGGACUGCGAAUCUCAGCAACACUUGUUAUGCGGAGCCAGUGCAAACACCACGAAAGGAGGGAAAUUUCCAGUUCAAAAUUUAUCCUCGCUUAUCGAUAAAAUGUCCGCGUUUGUUGGUGCAGUUCAAUCCAGUGCACCUCCGAUGGCUUCUUUCACUCCACCACUACCACCCACCACCCACACUCAACCCAUCACACAGAUACCUUUGAAAAGUCGCAUGAGUUCAUCGAGCUCGACCUUGACAGAAAUGAAAAUUGACAGCUCAACUGAUCCCUUCUGCACAGAAUGGACGACUUCAAGUUCUCCGAACCUGGCAGCAAACUCUCAAAGUUUCCCAGGUCCUAUUGCUUCGGCUCUCGCGUACAUCCCGCGGUCCAUUCCAGCAAACCGACAAAUGGCCCAGGAUUCCAUGAGAUAUCAAGCGUUAGCAAAGCCAACAGAUGGGAGCUUCUUCAUUGACUUGAUGUACCAUCACCUAACAUGCCGGAAAAGCGGAUGUCAAAAGAUCUGCAAUCUGUACGAUGGAUCAACGGUAAUCUGCCCAUGCUGUGGGCCAUAUUCGAAAACCAGAUACUGCUGCGAAGAUCACCUGUUUCUCGAUCUUCAAAGCCACUGGGGCUCCGAAAAACUGACCUUCGAUCACUAUUGCGUUCCAGAUUCAAUCCCAGGCAAUGUCCGCGAAAGCAUUCCUUUGCUGAUCAACAUCCAUGGCUGGGACACUCCUCAACGCCACCGACAGGCUGUUUGUUUCAACACCUCACAUAAAUCAGCUGACUAUUGCGUUUUUAAUUACAGCAGUCCCAGCGCUACGGGUCAGGAGAACCCCUACGCACAGCAGAAGAUGUCUGUCGUGCCUCUCUAUCACCUCAAGUUCGACGAUCCCGAGGAAAGGGACCGAUUCCGCAGAUGUCUGGCUAUCAGUCUCUUCGCUCCCGUGACCAAUUCUAGAUUGGUCGAGUACUUCUUUCGACUGGUUAGGGACAAGAUGAAGAGGCUUAAUCUAUGGAAUUGCUACAACGCAGCCCUUGUGCAGGACCAGAUCUUCCGAGAAACUGGCCUCGAUUUUCCUCCAAAUAUCGUGGGCCCAAAACACGCCUGCCAGACAGAAUGGAACGGCAGAAACCCCAACCACUGCCACAAUGCAGUCUGUUACAGUGAACGUCUACAAUAUAUGAUGGGAGACCAAAGAACGAGAGUUUUUCACCGAUUGGAAUGCGAACGGUUGGAAUCUCUGCACUGGAUCUUGCGUGUCAACCGAACUACUCAUCCAACAGUGAAGAAAGCACAAGAUCGAAUGCGCGGUGUGGGCUUUGGCGAUGUGUUACUCGAACACCAGCGCGUUUUCCGACGCGGUGAGCAGUUUGAAGGGGCAGGAUCUGGGCCGAUUGAACUUGAAGGGGUCAAUUGCUGA